UCCGAAAUGAUAUUUCUAAUGCUUGGGGUGGACCGUAAUUCCCCAAAACUCAAGGUGUCCGUACCACAAUAUAAAGGAUGCUAGGCACAAACUAAGCUCAUUUCUAAACCUUACAAUCAAAGAAGCAAACCCCAAAUUCCUCACCAUGGCCAAGAUCAAGACCAAGACCCUCCUCACCGUCCUCCUCAUUCUCUUCACCAUUUUUUCUAUCUCAACCCUCACCACCGCCAAAAAAAACCAUGGCUUCUCAAGAAUCUUAUCUCCGGCUAAACUCGGUCUAAAGCGUGAGAAACUGAGCCACCUCCACUUCUACUUCCACGACAUAGUCAGUGGGAAAAACGCCACGGCGGUGAGAGUCGCCGAGGCUCCGAUGACAAAGACAUCAUUCACAGGUUUCGGAGCCGUUGUGAUGAUCGACGACCCUUUGACUGUAAAGCCCCAGCUGAGCUCAAAACCCGUUGGUAGAGCUCAAGGAAUCUAUGCUUCUGCUUCGCAAACUGACUUGGGGUUGUUAAUGGUGCUCAACUUUGCUUUCACUGAAGGCAAGUAUAAUGGCAGCACUCUUAGUGUGUUGGGGCGCAACACUGUGUUCUCCGAUGUCAGGGAAAUGCCUAUCGUUGGUGGGAGUGGGCUUUUCCGAUUCGCACGUGGGUAUGCUCAUGCUCAUACUCACACGAUUGACUUUAAAACUGGCGAUGCUGUUGUGGAGUAUAAUGUUUAUGUCUUUCAUUAUUGAUGUGUGCUUUUUACUUUAUUUUAAUUUUUGUACGGCUAAUACUUUAAUUAUUAGCUCUCUCUUUUAUUUUUAUUUUUAUUUAUUUUAAGAAUUAGAAGGCUUUGGGAAUUAACUAGUAUUAACAAAAGGAAAGUUGAGGAUUUUGUAUCGUUGGUCUGAGAAUGAUUAUUAUGUUUAUGUGCGGUUUAGUUUCACCAUUUGAUGUUUAUUGAAGAGAUUAAUAAAGGGUAGAAAACUUGAAAUC